GGACGAGCGUCCCCAACCGAGCCAAGGCCAAGGCGGUGAUCGAUGCGAUGGUGGUGGCCGUCGAGGCAGGGGUGGAGCCGGGCGACAUUGGAAUAGUUGUGCCGUACAGCGGACAUAAGGCGCAGAAAGAGGAGAGUCAGUAUAAUGAGUUGAGGAAAUGUUAUAGUCUGAUUAUCGUCUGCCUCAUGAAAACGUCGGGCGAGUCAGUAUCAAUACAGUGGAUGCUUUCCAGGGAAACGAGAGAGAGCUUAUUCUCUUCAGCGCAGUCCAAUCCAAUUGGGACGGCGAUAUUGGAUUCACUAGAGAUUCCAGGUCU